UUGAUACCACCGCCGAAACAAAAGGAUGUAAGCAAGGUGUCCGAAGGUGAUUCAAAGGUGUUUAAGAGUUCCAGUCGGGAAAGCUUAGAUAGCGGAACAACCACCUCAAAAGCAGAGCGCGUCAAGAGGCCGAUGAACGCUUUCAUGGUAUGGUCGCGAUCACAACGACGGCAAAUGGGUCUCGAGAACCCCAAAAUGCACAACUCGGAGAUCAGCAAGCGUCUUGGAUCUAUGUGGAAAGCCCUUUCAGAGGCUGAUAAGAAGCCUUAUGUUGAGGAGGCCAGUAAAUUGCGGGCGCGGCAUAUGGAAGAUUACCCUGAUUAUAAGUAUCGACCACGCCGGAAGCAAAAACCUAAUCAUUCAUCACAGAUUUCUGCCAAACAACCAGCUGUUGCAAAUCCAACCAACCGGCUAACACCUCUUAAGGCAAAUCCUCUGUCCUAUGACUCCGUUAAGGUUUCUCAAAAGUUUACAUCACCACCAGUGCCAUUACAUCUGCCGACUUACGAUCCCUUAACCGACACUGACUCAAUGGUUCUGCAUUACCGUCCCAAAGUCCAAGAAAGGGAUAUCAGUGAAACCUACUCUUUUGAAGUUCAAACAAAGCCCUACUUCGAAGGAAUGUCAAUCAAUUCUACAUCCUGUUGUUAUUCCUCAGAGCAACAUCAGAGCAUUCCGUAUGAAUACUCCUCCUACUCUGAAUCCAGCACAACUCCAAUGGACUUUUUCAACCCUCCUGAUCCUCAGAUGCAAACACUUGUUGUAGAAUACGCCGGAGUUCAAGAGUCACCACAAUAUCCCAUUAACCCACCCAACCCGCACCCCUCAACACCGGUGCACCCACCCCAGCCUGCACCUACUAUGUUUCCACCGAUGGCUUUAUCUACAGAUUUUGAUCAGACGGUACCAUAUCGGGAUUGGAAUAGGAGUUCCGCCGUUGAUGGAAAUGUCACGUGCUAUUACGAGUAUAACUUAGAGGAAGAGGGCGAGAGUGCGGGUGGGGAUGCAGCACCCGUAGAACCAUUCGAAGGCAUGUCUCCAGAUGCGGCAGUUCUUCCUUCAAUGAGUCACAUGGCCUCCACCCUCCGAUUAGGCAGUACUGACUCAGUUACCGUCAGUCACUCCACUCCGCGAUGCCUAACUCCCAUGUCCUACUUCCAGUCCCACGGAUCCGAAUGUACAAUGCAGCAGCAAAACGACUUGGGUCUGCAGAAUUUCUUUGAGGAUGGCAGUUUUUGUGCACGGGAGAACAGAUUUUCGCAGUAUGGAUUCCCCAACAGCGUUGUUGAUCUUCAAUCCUGA